AUGGCAUUUUGUGCGCCUAAACAACUAUCAAUUUCUCUUCCUACUAUAGUUCCUCGAUUAACAACUGUACUCUCAGAUUCACAUAAAGAAGUCCAAUCAGCCGCAAAUGAAGCUUUAUUACACUUUGGAGAGGUUAUUAGCAAUCCUGAAAUUCAAGCCCUCGUACCGAUUCUGCUUCGUGGAUUAAGCGAUCCUGAUAAAAACACUAAUGCUGCAUUGAACUCAUUAUUAGAAACUGCUUUUGUUCAUUAUAUUGAUGCACCGUCAUUGGCAUUGGUAAUGCCAAUUCUUGAGCGAGGAUUAAAAGAGCGUAGCACUGAGGUUAAAAAGAAGUCUUCGCAAAUAGUUGGUAAUAUGUCAUCUCUAACUGAUGUUAAAGACCUUGUUCCUUAUUUGCCACGACUUUUACCAAGUCUUAAGGAAGUAUUAGUAGACCCUGUGCCUGAAGCCCGUGCUACAGCUGCUAAAUCAUUAGGUACUAUGGUGGAAAAGCUCGGGGAAGAUAAGUUUCCAAAUCUUGUAAAUGAGUUAGUUCAUACUCUUAAAUCAGAUACUAGUGGUGUUGACCGACAAGGCGCUGCACAAGGACUUAGCGAAGUAUUAGCAGGAUUGGGUCUAAGCCGCCUCGAGGGACUUUUAUCUGAAAUUGUAAUUAAUGCUACUAGUCCAAAAUCAUAUGUGCGUGAAGGAUUUAUUUCCUUACUUAUUUAUCUUCCAGCAACAUUUGGUUUAAGGUUUCAACCUUACCUUGGUCGCAUCAUUCCUCCAAUUUUAUCUGGUUUAGCUGAUGAAUCAGAAUAUGUACGAGAUGCCUCACUUAGAGCAGGUCAAAUGAUUAUUGUAAACUAUGCAACUAAAGCUGUAGACCUUUUACUUCCUGAAUUAGAAAGAGGGUUGUUUGAUGAUAAUUGGAGAAUUAGACAAAGUUCUGUGCAGCUCAUGGGAGAUUUAUUGUAUCGUAUUACCGGUAUUAGUGGCAAAGUAACUGCUGAAGGAGAGGAAGAGGAAGAAACUGGCGUGACUGAAGCCAGUCGCAAAGUUUUAUUACAGGCUCUUGGAAAGGAAAGACGUGAUCGAGUUUUGGCUGCUUUAUAUGUUGUUCGACAAGAUGUAUCUGGUCUCGUCAGACAGUCAUCUUUGCAUGUUUGGAAAUCUAUCGUUUCAAAUACACCUCGUACUGUCAAAGAAAUACUACCAAUAAUGAUGGGCUUGAUUAUUAAGAAUCUCGCAAGCCCAAGUUUUGAGAGACGUCAAGUAGCUGCACGCACUCUUGGAGAACUUGUUCGUAAGCUUGGUGAAAGCGUUAUGUCAGAAAUUAUACCUAUUCUAGAGGAAGGCUUAGAGUCUCCUGAAUCAGAUAAAAGACAAGGUGUUUGCAUUGGCUUAAGCGAAAUAAUGAGUACAGCUGGAAAAGUACAAGUUAUUGACUAUGUAGAUUCAAUUAUUCCGGCUGUUCGAAAGGCAUUGGUUGAUGAAUCUGGUGAAGUGCGUGAGGCAGCAGCUCAAGCUUUUGAUACACUUCAGCAACAUGUUGGUGAUAAAGCAAUCGAUGAAAUAUUACCUACUCUUCUUAAUUCCCUUCAAUCUGGAAAUGAUUCUACUUAUGCAUUAGAAGCUUUGAAAGAAAUAAUGACAGUUCGUGCUAAUGUAGUGUUUCCAGUUCUCAUACCUAAUCUCAUCACCGUACCUAUUACUGCUUUCAAUGCUCGGGCUCUUGCAUCCUUGGUAACUGUUGCUGGUGCUGCUCUUAAUAAAAGACUCUCGAACAUUUUGACUGCUCUAAUGGAAUCUUUGAGCAUGGAAACCGAUGAAGCUGUAAUUUUAGAGCUUCAAGAAACUGAACGUGCAUUGUUACUUUCUAUCGAUAGUAUUGAAGGUCUUCAAAACUUGAUGAUAAUGCUAUUUGAAGCAGUUAAAAGUGAUGAACCUGCAAAACGAUCCGGUGCCUGUGAUAUUGUUGCAAUAUUUUGCAGUGAGACGAAGAUGGAUUUUUCAAGAUACACAACAGAAUGGAUACGAGUUUUAGUAUCACUUUUAGAUGAUCAUCAAAUUGAGGUAGUCAAAUCGGCAUGGAAUGCUUUAAAUGCUGUGACCAAAUCUGUAAAGAAAGACGAUCUAGAACAAUUGGUUAUACCCCUUCGUCGUUCAGUGAAAGGUGUCGGGGUUCCUGGAGUUGACUUACCAGGAUUUUGUUUACCAAAAGGAAUAAGUCCUAUACUUCCAAUAUUUUCACACGGAUUGAUGUAUGGUACUGCCGAAAUUCGUGAACAAUCUGCUUUAGGAAUAGGUGAUCUUAUUCAACGAACGUCUGCUGAUGCUCUCCGACCAUUUGUGACACAAAUAACGGGUCCUCUUAUUCGUAUAAUCGGUGAUCGUUAUCCUCCUCAGGUGAAGGCAGCUAUAUUGCAGACAUUGAGUUUAUUACUUGAAAAAGUUUCUGCCCUUCUUAAACCUUUUCUUCCACAACUUCAACGGACUUUCGUCAAAUCUUUGACCGAUCCAACGAGUGCCCUUGUUCGAUCACGUGCAGCAAAGGCUCUCAGUACUUUAAUUUCAUUACAAACUCGCGUGGACCCUUUGAUACUAGAAUUGGUUACUGGAAUAAAAACGAGUGAGCCUAAUGUGCGCGAAACUAUGUUGAGUGCUUUGGAAAGCAUAGUGAAUAAGGCAGGAGAUAGUAUGAGCGAGGCUUCAAGGAAGGGUGUUCUUGGAGUUAUUUCAAAUGGGUUAACUGAUUCCUCCGAAGGAAUGGUGGUUGGUGCCGCACGUCUUCUUGGAAGUCUGUGUAAGCAUAUUCCGUCUCAAGAAUCUAUGCCUCUCAUCACAACUUACAUCCUAUCAGGAGAACCAACACAAAGUUCGCUUUUGGCCAUAAACGCAAUUCUAGUAGAAGCUCCGCGAAUCUUUUUUGAUUUAGGAAUUCAUAAAGAAAUAGUUAAUAUUGUAUCUAUGGGUAGCAAGAGUAAUCAACCAUCGAUUGCAGAUAAUGCAAUUAUUGCAGCUGGUAAAAUUUUACUUACAGAGCUUUAUCAUGAACAAAAUACAAUAAGUCACCUUGUGGAAGCAUUGGUUAAUGAUGUCCGUGAACCUGCUACUUUGGUUGGAGAAACAAAACGAUUAGCUUUGGGUGUCUUUCGAGUAAUUGGAAGAAAAUAUCCACAGAUUUUGGAACCCCAUCUUUCCGAGAUCAUUCCUCAAAUUAUGGUAUGUGCUCGUGACCGAAAUAUACCAGUGAAACUUGCAUCUGAGCGUGCAUUGGUGCAUGUACUUCAGCUUCUGGAUGGCGAAAAUGUGAUGCAGAACUAUUUAUCAACAACUGAUUCUCAAACAGCCAAAACUUUUAUUGAUUUUCAUAAACGCGUUUUAUCCAAACUUGUUUCACAAGAACAACAGAAAAUAGAACAAUUGCAGGCAGUGGUUAUUGAGAUUGCAUAA